AUGGGUUUGCUCCCACUACUCCUAGCAGCCAGCGUCGCUGCUUCAUCCUGUAGCACGGGAAAGCUAACGAAUGUUGAGAAUUUGAUCUCUUUUGGUGACAGCUACACGGACCAGGGACGCCUAUCCGCAUACUUUGCUAAUCACGGCGUUACGCCACCGCCGGCUACUAAUACGUCCGGGAGCAACUUCACCUCAACGGGCGGGUAUGCUUGGGGCCAUUUUGCAUCACAGCAGCUGGGUGCAACAUACUACGAUUAUGCCGUAAGCGGAGCUUUCUGCUCGAAUGAGAUCUUCUCGCGUUAUUUGGCUGGCAUCAACCGUACAUUUCCAUCAGUUUUAGAAGACGAGAUACCUUCUUUCUUGGAAGAUAUCGCGUAUGUGAACGAAUCUACAAGUACGAACACUUUCUACACAAACAGGCAGUCCGACAACACCCUCUAUGCACUCUGGAUCGGGACCAAUGAUCUCGGCAUUGAUGCUUUCCUCACAGACUCUCAAAAUCCUGGGUUGACGAUAACCAACUUCAUUGAUUGCAUCUGGGAAGUUUUUGAUAACAUCUACAAGACCGGCGGCCGCCACUUUGUACUGCUCAACACCGCACCCCUUGAACUCUCGCCGCUGUAUGCGGCACCACAGAACAGCGGCAUAGGCGACAACCACUAUUGGACAGAUAAGACCACCUACAACAUGACGGAAUACGAGCAGAAAAUGUUGGAGUACACGACAAGUGUUAAUACAAUGUUUGAUUAUGGCGUUCCAGUCCAGACAAAGAUCAAGUCGCGUUGGCCGGGCUCUUCCGUUACGAUCUUUAAUGUUCAUCAGCUCAUUCUUGAUAUUCACAAUAAUCCUGAGCAGUAUCUCGACGCACCUGCCAACACCACUGGCUUCUACUACAAUUGCGGCGUGGAUAACUCGAAAUGUAUCGCUUCCGAGAACGCUCUAUCUUCGUUCUUAUGGUACGACGAGCUCCAUCCGUCUGAAAGAACUGAUCAAAUAAUUGCCAAUGAGUUCGUCGAGCUCGUCUCGGGAAAUUCUUCCUAUGCGACUUACUGGUGA